AAUUAUUUCAUUUUCACUUAAAAUUUAACCAUUGGCCCUGCAACACAAAAAUGUCAAUCAGGAAGAUAAAGAAAACUUGUUUUGUAAAGUAUUAUUUCAUUAUCUGUCGUCAAAUUAGUGCACAAAUUACACAGCAAGUGUAUAUAUAACUUGUGGCUACACUGUUGAAUAAAACAAAAUGGCCGCAGAUGUGCCACACAGAGCAGAAGUUCCUGAUUUUGGAUUUGAUAUUUUUCAAACAGCAAAACAAUAUGUCUUCUCUACAAAACUGAUUCAUAAAAACUGCUUCAAAUUUACCAGUGACAUAAUCAAAGAUGCAAUAAGAAGAUAUGAGUUGCUAUGGUUACCAUUUGCCAAUACAUUUCAGGAAAAUGUGAAAUUGACUGCCCCCUUAGAUAUAGAACUCAUAUGGCAAGUUCAUUUACUACGUCCUCUAAAAUAUCAAGAAGAUUUAAUUGGUUGCUAUGGCAACCUGAUAAAUCAUCAUUUGCUGUUUGGAAACGAAGAGGAAAAGGAUCAGAGCUAUAAUGAAACAAAACAAUUGUGGGAUGAGACUUAUCCUGGUGAGUGUUUUGAUGUGCUGGCACAACCAAAAGAAGACGCAAAAUCUAGCACAACUAGCGCAACCAGCACAACUGAAACUAAAUUCAUGGACAUUGACAGGGUCAUGAAGGAUGUUACAAAUUAUUUUGCAUUCAUAUAUCAAAUUUCACUCUCACACUUCACGGAUGACAAAUACAUUAAGGAUUCUAUUGACAGAUAUAAAAAACACAUUCACCUGGUGAAAACACAUGCUGAAAAUUUCCAAAAUAUUAUACCAUAUUUGGAUAUAUGCCUUAUUUGGCAUAGUCACAUGCAAUGUCCCCAUAGUUACCAGCAAUAUUUUCUUCAGGUUCUUGGUAGAGGGCUACCUUAUAAGAUUAGUAUGGCAUUAAAUCAAUCCAACAUUCUUACCAUUGAACUAUGGAGGGACUACCUCAGUGAAAAACACAAUAGAAAUGGAGCAGCAAAACGUAAUACGACAGGUAUUGGAGGCACAAUCCCUAGCUGCAAUGAAAUAGAUCUUUGGCACAUGUCGAGAAAAACAUGUAGAGUGCGAAUCAGAUAUGUACACAUGCUAGAGCUUCCCUCAAUAGAAUCCCUUACAAUGAAACUUCAAUACCCGUCAACAAAUGGCAAAACAAUUCUGAAAUUACACGCCAGAACCUCAAAAGACAAUCCACAUCCAACCAUAGAGUGGGCGGAGCCAAACAACUGUGUAGAAUAUGAAGCCCACGCUGCACGCCCUGGUCAUGAUACCCUGAAGUUUUUGCUGCGUACAAGCAGAUCUUGGCUCCAUCAAGAACUUGCUUCAUGUAUUAUCAAUAUACAGAGCAUUAUAAAAGCAAGCCAGACAAUGCAGAAUGUGAGCUUCACAACAAACGAAUGUGAUAUUGAGAUGCCAGAUGUGAAAUCCACAUGUAAAUUGAUAAUGGAGUUGGCUGUAUCUCCAGUCCUUUCACCCAUAGAACUACAAGUGUACAAUGGGCCUUUCGGGGACUGCACGGAGGAAUUUCUUAUGACACUUCCUAAAGGUGUAAUUUCAAGAACAGGAGAUCCUAGUGAACAUCACUUUUAUCAAGUCGCUACACACAGGCUAGUGAAUAGCUGCAACGGUGAGGAGCUGUUUGCUGUGCAGGUGAUCAUAUCUGUGCGUCUCAAGGUGCUGGUUGUUAUGCUCAUCAGGUUUGGUCAAGUGAUGGCUAUAGGUCAACUUGUAGGACCAGGUGUAUUGCCAUCCUCUAAACAGGUUGGUGGGAGUUGCAUCACACUGGAUUACGAUGGUGGUGAGAGGUCUAUGUUGAUACAUGGACAAGGACAACCCGACUGGGCAAUCGUUAAUGCGUGCUGGAAAGGAGGUGUGCAGGUUGAGCUAUAUGAGCUUUCCCAUAGGACAAAACGUUCAAUCAAAGUAUCACAUUCAACCAAUGAAAACCUGCUGCUGAAGGAUACAAAGUUCAACUUAAAAUCUGGAAUGAUCAUACUGGAACCUACUGAAAAUCUGCAUGAGAGGAUUGUUAUGGUGUUUUGUAUUGGAGCGUUGUUCAAUGUGUGUAAGCUCAGACCUCACGCAGAAUGCUCAACAGCCAUGGUUUCCAAUAGGAUCAGCGGCGACAUCUGGAAUAAGAGCAUAGUGGUUUCUAUGGGUGGUUUGACUGCAACACCAGAUAAUGUAGGUGUGGAAGCUCAAACAUUAGCCAAGUAUCGAAAAUUGUUUGAUUAUUAUGGAGAGUUCGCAGCAAAUCUGCGUCAAUCGGAAUAUGCAAACAGAGGCUCUGAGGCUAUACCCUGGACUGUGCAUUCAUUACCUUCUCAGCCAUCAAGAAGUAGACACGUCAUCACAAAUCCUUCGCAAAGACACUCUGUUGGUGGUCCACCAGUUCAGGCAGCGGGGCAUCAAGUUCCAUCAAACCUGAGACAUUCAACUGGUGCAUCAAACAUACCUUAUGGGGCAUAUAAUGAUAUUGUACCCCCUCCAGCCCCAACACAGCCUUCUGGGUAUGCUCCUCCUCCAUAUACCCCCAGGGGAGCCAGUGCUGGGCUGAGUCAGAGGGCAUGGAAUGAAAUGGAGAAUGAAGCCCCUCCCCCAUAUACUGCAAUAGCAGGCCCAGAUAUCCAGGGUUCUCAAGAUGGUGCUGCACAAAAUACUGGUGCAAAUAGCACUCAACCUGCUGUAGAUUCCCCUCCUCCACCGUACCAACAAUAA